GGCUGAACGUACCUAAAUCAAGGCCUGCGUUGAGGGUUGAGCACAGCAGAGAGGUUUGCAUAUAUGCGGGAUCCCAGAGUUCGAACAACUUGACUACUCACCGGCAAAACCCCCCACUUUUUGCCUGCGCAUCCACCACCCAAAUCAUUUCCCUCAUGUCCGGGAGCACCGUUUCCAAUAGUAGUUACUCAGAGUACCCGGAAUUUUAUACUCAAACAGUCACUUUCCUCGUGGAUGGCUGUCUGUUCCGGAUUUCCAGGGAGCCAUUAGAGGCUGAGUCCACUGUCUUCAGGGACAUGUUUCUACUCCCGCAAGGUGAAUCUGGGACAGUCGAGGGGCAGAAUGAUACCUGUCCCGUGGUCCUGCGAGGCGUUUCCAAGAAGGAAUUUGAAAGUUUACUACGUGCCCUCAUGUACAGACAACAUGGAACAAACAGGGGCUCAGAUUUGGACUACGACCAAUGGGUCUCAGUCCUCAAGUUAUCGACGAUGUGGGAGUUCACUGGGCUGCGUAAUGCUGCAAUCAGAUACUUGGAUCAUCCUCUACGACCUCUUGACCCCAUAAGCAAGGUGGAGCUGGCUUUACAAUACAACAUUGAAGAGUGGUUACUCCCUGCUCUGCUAGUACUCGCACGAAGAUCCGCUCCAAUCAGCAUAGAAGAAGGGCGUCGUAUUGGGUUCGAAAACGCACUGAAGUUGGCUUCAGUGCGAGAGAAAUUUCGGCUGGAGACGGUUGUGGAGCAAUUCACAUGCACGUACUACCCCGGGGCUCUCCACCGGUACAACACUCAAUACCUUGUCGUCGGCGACAGGGACCAAAAAGCUGAAAACCUUGACUAUACUCUGUUCAUACGCAAAGCUUUCGACCUAUAGUCGUUGGAUACGACUACUGCCUCAUUGGUGUGUACGUAAUGUGGUCCCUUAUCUAUGCAUCAAAUCUCCCGGCAGUGGUAUCGAA